UUCAACCGUGAGAAUUAGAAUUUUCAGUUUGCCCUCGAGCUUUUACAGACUUACUCUUCUUUAGCACAAUUUAGUUGUCUGCCCUUGCUCUCGCUCUUGCACUAGCUCAUCUUCUACUAUCUACUUUUCAGUAUGGUCGAUACUCCAAAUGUCCGUGUUGUUCCCGGUGCUCUCCCUCCCAUGUCACAGGCAAAAACUCAAAAGAAAAAACGUCGAUCAAACAAGCCAAAAACUGCAGACUCGCCUGCCGAAGGCUCCGUCAUUGUUCCAGAUACUACUUCUGCUGCUCAGAUUGACAGAGCACCAGAAGAGGCGGAUGUGAAGGAGGGCACAGUCGCUCCAGAACUUGCUGCACCUUCUGAAGCUCCGACCUUCGAUGAUUUAACCACCAAAUCCAGUCCGGUCGUAGAACUCCUCCAGAAACGCUUAAAAGCUUUGAACAAAAAGAUAGCCCGCAUAGGGAGUUAUGCAACAACGGAUCACGAAAAACUGGACGAUGACCAAAGGCGAACCCUGAAGACCCUUCCUUCAUUGGAGGCUGUUCAGAAAGAACUAAAAGAUGUCAAGAAAUUGAUCGAGUCCCACGAAGCUGAUCUUGCACGCGAAAUAGCAGCAAAACGUGCAGAUGCUGAAGCUGCAGAGGCUGUCAGAAUCGCUACCUCUGUUGCUGAUGCCGAGGCAUUGUCAGCUAGUAAAGCCUCUGCUAUACUAUCUCUAAUCCGUUUGCAUACAUGUCUCUCAAAUCGCCAGCCUCUUCCGGUUGUUCUUGAUUUCGAUGAGGCCGAAGGGGAAGCAAUAUUUUCUGUUUGCUCGACCCUUAUCACCGAGGAGUCAGAACUUAAACAAGCAAUACUGGCCGGUCUGCUCUCUGGACAAGGCGACUUCAAUGGUGUUUCGUAUGCAAGGCUACUGGAUAUCGUGCAGUCCUUCCUCAACCCCCCACGUGAACCAACACCUUUACCGGUAGAGCCCGAUGCAGCAACAGAAGUUGCUUCUGAGCAUUCAAGUAACUCGCCCACUGAAUCUCAACCCACUGCUAGUUUUCCCACUGCCAGUAGUCUGAGUGGCACUGGUAGCUUCCAUUUCAUGCAAGCGAGCGAGCUUGAGUCCGCUGACGACUCUGAGAAUACUGCUGAGUGGGUUGAGAAAUCCGAGGUUGAAGUGACGCAGAAUGGUGUUCUCGAGCACGAAGAAUCUGCACCUUCAGCUGCGGAAGUUGGUGGUGCACCUGCGCAGCCCAUUGAUUGGGCCGAGGCGGACGAGGAAGGUGGUCUGCCAUCGAUAGCAAACCUACAAGCAAGUUUUGCCCCUUCAGGAUCGGCCACUCCUGUUGCUGAACCUGUACCUGCACCUGUAAAUGGCGUCGAAGUUGUCGCUACCACUGCCCCGGAGCCUGAGAAUGAUGGCUUCACACACCCACGAGGUCGCGGACGCAGCAGAGGUUACCGUGGUGAAGGACGUGGUGGGCGGGGUGGCUACCGUGGGCGGGGUGAUUUCAGGGGCGGCGAUCGAGGGAACUUCCGAGGUGGUUACCGGGGCGGCGAGCGCGGUGGUCUGUCUUGAUAAUUUUGUUCACGAUAUCCACUCACUCCAUUCUUCACAGGCUACCGUGGCGAGCGGGGUGAACGCGGUGAGCGGACUGAACGUGGCGAGCGGACUGAACGCGGCGAGCGGGGUGAACGCGGCGAGCGAGGUGAACGUGGCGA